UCCGGCCUGUCAGUCUACACCGAGAAGCCGUUCAGGCACCAUCACAGCAUCUUCGCGUCUCUCUCUUGCCGCAUUCUCCCGCGGAGAGAAAGACAGCGAGAGAGGGACAGGAAAAAAGGGAUACACCAAUCGAGAGAGAUUUUGUGAGGAUACGUUGCUAUAAAGGAAAGUAAGAGGAAGAGCAAGGGAGGUGCCGACCGACAGUGGCAGGCACAAUCUGUCCACUGUCAGGAUGGCGAGGUGGUUGCUGAUCGUCUCGUUGGCCAGCGUGCUGGUCCAUCAGACGAGAAACGAGAUCCUGACGCCACCGUACUUCAAUCUGGCCGAGGGCAAAGAGAUCAUCGCGUCGGCCACGUGUGGCGUCGACACCCCCGGUCCAGAACUCUACUGCAGGCUUGUUGGCGCGAAUGCCGAUCAACAUGAGGAUAUUAAUCUGAUACAGGGUCAGGUAUGCGAUUAUUGUGACGCGGAAAAUCCGGAGAAGAGGCAUCCACCGGAAUAUGCGGUCGACGGAAUGGAAACCUGGUGGCAAUCGCCGCCACUCUCCAGAGGAAUGAAAUAUAACGAAGUUAAUUUGACGAUUAAUCUUGGACAAGAAUUUCACGUAGCUUACGUGUACGUGAAGAUGGCGAAUUCUCCAAGACCUGGGCUUUGGGUGCUCGAGAAGUCUAAGGACUACGGAAAAACUUGGUCACCCUGGCAAUAUUUUUCAGACACUGCUAACGACUGUUUGACUUACUUUGGCGUGGACAGUUAUAAACCAAUCACCAGAGACGAUAGCGUAAUCUGUACUACGGAAUAUUCUCAGAUAGUGCCGUUAGAAGGUGGCGAAAUACCGAUCUCGAUUUUGAAUAACCGUCCAUCGGCCAAACACUACUUCAACUCGACGCUGCUGCAAGAAUGGACUAGAGCUACAAACGUUCGUUUUCGUUUCCUAAGGACGAAAAACUUGCUGGGACAUUUGAUGUCGUUGGUGCGAGAGGAUCCUACCGUUACUAGAAGAUAUUUCUAUUCCAUCAAAGACAUCAGCAUCGGUGGCAGAUGCAUGUGCAACGGUCACGCGGAUACCUGCGAUAUACUGGACCCAAAGAUGCCGAAGAAACUCGUUUGCAGAUGCCAGCACAACACCUGUGGUCCUCAAUGCGCUACCUGCUGCAAAGGAUUCGAACAGAAGAAGUGGAGGAUAUCCACGGCAUUCAAGAAAUUCACAUGCGAACCUUGUAACUGUUUCGGGCAUUCGGACGAAUGCGUGUACGACGCGGAAGUGGACGAAAAGAAAUUGUCUCUGGAUAUUCAUGGUAACUACGAAGGUGGUGGUGUGUGUCAAAAUUGCCGAGACAACACGGAAGGAAUUAAUUGCAAUCGAUGCAAGCCCAAGUUCUACAGACCUCGAGAUAAACCAUUGAACGCGACUGACGUUUGUCAACCGUGUCAAUGCGAUUUUAUCUACUCGACCGGAAACUGUGCGGACGCUACGGGUAAAUGCGAGUGUCGUAAGGAAUACACCUCACCGGAUUGCGAUAGCUGCAGCUUUGGGUACUACGGUUUUCCGAAUUGUGUACCUUGUCAGUGCCAUUUAAGAGGAACGGAUGGAAAUUAUUGCGAGGCGAUCGAGGGUUCUUGCCCUUGCAAAUCGAAUUACGCCGGAUUUUAUUGCGAUUACUGCGCGGAAGGCUACUUUAACUUCCCCGAAUGUUUACCUUGCGAAUGUAAUCUACCGGGUUCUCUGGACGAGAUUUGCGACGUUGUAUCCGGCAAUUGUACGUGCAAAAGCAACUUUGGUGGUAGAGCUUGUGACAUGUGUGAACACGGUUACUAUAAUUAUCCUUACUGUACAUACUGCAACUGCGACACACGCGGAACAGAGCCUGGCAUUUGUGACAAGUCGAACGGAGUCUGUCUGUGCAAAGAAGGAUAUGGCGGUGCCAGAUGCGACCAAUGCAUCAGUGGAUAUUAUGGUUAUCCAAAUUGCAGACCGUGUAAUUGUAGUACGAUUGGGUCAUCGUCCGUUAGCUGUGAUGCAACAGGAAAAUGUUCUUGUCUGACCAAUUUUGCUGGAAGGACUUGUGACCAAUGCAGUCCCGGUUAUUACAUGUACCCGGAAUGCAUAGCUUGUAACUGUGACAGUCACGGGUCUAUCGGUGCCUCUUGCGACGCAGAGGGUAAAUGUCAAUGUCGGGAGAAUUUCGACGGCGCCAGGUGCAACCAAUGUAAAGAAGGUUACUAUAACUUCCCAACCUGUGAGGGAUGCAACUGUGACCCAGCAGGUGUCUUAGAGACCUUUCAAGGGUGUGGUUCUUUGCCUGCCGGUGAGCUUUGUCAAUGCAAGGAUCGCGUGGAAGGAAGGAUAUGCAAUCAAUGUAAGCCGUUGUUCUGGAAUUUGCAGCCGUUUAAUCCCUAUGGUUGCGAAGAAUGCCAUUGUAACAUACCUGGCGUUAUUGGAAAUAUCGGGGAGUGCGAUACGAAGAGCGGUCAGUGUAUCUGUAAACCAGGAGUAAUGGGUAGAAGUUGCGAUCACUGUGUGGAUGGAACAUACAACCUUGAAGAGAGUAAUUUCUUCGGGUGUACAGAUUGCGCUUGCGACAUCGGUGGUUCUGUCAACUCGGUGUGCGACAAACAAACAGGUCAAUGUCAGUGUCAACCACGCAUCACAGGUCUUACUUGUAAAGAACCCUUAAAAGCACACUAUUUCCCCACCCUCCAUCAAUUCCAGUACGAGGCAGAAGAUGGUAGAACACCUAGCAAUAGUCCAGUUCGUUACGGUUUCACCGAAGAUCAUUUCCCUGGAUACAGUUGGAAGGGAUACGCAGUAUUCUCUACUCUUCAGGAUGAAAUCAUCCUGGACGUUUACAUUCAGAAGUCAUCUCUGUACCGAAUGGUCUUAAAAUAUGUAAACCCGAAUAACGAACCGAUUCUUGGCACAAUUACCAUUACUCCUGAAAAUCCAUGGGAAGUGGAGCAACAGUUUAAAGUGAACUUCAAGCCUACUAUUAAACCAUCGUACGUAACUGUGGCGGGACCUCAAGGUAACCUGCCUUCGCCUAUGGUGAUGAAUCCUGGUCAUUGGUCCAUCAGCAUUGCCACGAAGAAAAGUCUCUUCCUCGACUACUUCGUGUUGCUUCCAUCCGAGUAUUACGAGGCAACUAUUUUAACUCAGGAUGUGAAUAUUCCUUGCGAGGUUGGGUCAAAAGGACUCUGUCGUCAUUAUGGAUACCCUGUUUUGUCGAAGUUCGACUCUGUUCACGGAGCUGGUGGAUUCUUGAACGAGAACAACGUCAGAAUACCUUUGACCGAAUACUUCACUGAGAGAGACAUUCUACGCGAAAUUGACAGAGACGAGGUUCCCUUGAUUAACGAUAAGCAAGAAGAGAUACAUUUCGACUUAAGAAUUUCGAAACCAGGAUUACACGUGUUGCUAGUGCUGUACGUUACUCCAAAAGACGAAAACUCUACGUCUACGUUACUUAUAGAGGCCAAUACUGUGGGCAAAGGAAAGGCCACUCUGUAUCCUUGCAAGUAUACCAGCAUUUGUCGACAAGUCGUGACUGAUACCUACGGUAGAGUGGCCGCGAUGAACUUUACUUCGAACUACAUUAGCUUGAUCCUAACUGGAGAACCCAGCUCAAACGUCGCCAUCGAUUCUGUCGUUGCUAUUCCCUCUUCUGAGUGGUCUUUAGAUUACGUGAAACCAAAAUCCAUAUGCGUACGUAAGGACGGCACCUGUGUGAAAGGUCAAUUCCCUGGAGCUGCAGAGGCCAAGAAGAUCGAAUUCGAAAGCAGUAGCACAGUUUCGGAGGCUGAAAAUAAACCCUAUGGUAUUUACGAUAAUGCUAGUAAGCUCAUCUACUUGGACGAUAAAAACACCACGGUUGAUAUCCAUGCGAAAGUCGUACAACCUGGUGACUACACCUUCGUCGUGCAAUAUUAUCAACCAGAUUAUCCAGAAUACGAGCUAGACGUAUUGUUACAGAACGGUAAAUUCUACGAGGCCAAAAUAUCUGUCCCUCACUGCCCCAGUAACAGCGGAUGCCGUAGCGUCGUGAAACAGGUGGACGGUAAUAUUAGGUUCCAGCUGAUCGAGAACUUCAUGAUCACUUUCAAGGAAAGUGCCGGUAACGGCAUAUGGCUGGACUACAUGCUCGUAGUUCCAACGGAGCAGUAUAACGAAAAGAUUCUUAAAAAGAUCCAGGUCGAUCAGACGAAGGAAUUCAUCAAGAAAUGCGGUUACAAUCACUUCCAUAUCAACAUUACCGAUGAAGGUUUUUGUCGCGACUCAAUCUUCUCUAUUACCGCCAGCUACAACAAUGGCGCUCUUCCCUGCAACUGCGAUAUCGACGGCACUAUAAGCUUCGAGUGCGAUAAAUUCGGUGGACAGUGUCCAUGCAAACCCAACAUCAUCGGGAGACGAUGCGAAAUCUGCAAAACUGGAUUCUACGGUUUCCCGAAUUGUAGACCUUGCAACUGUCCAAGUACAGCUCUGUGCGAACCAGAGACUGGUGCAUGCAUUUGUCCUUCCAGAGUUACUGGUGAACGUUGUAAUCAAUGCGAACCUAGAACCUACGGGUUCGAUCCGAUCAUCGGUUGCGAGGAGUGCAACUGCUCUUUCCUCGGUGUAGUCGACGGUGAUUUACAAUGUGAUCUCUUCAACGGUACCUGCAGGUGCAAAGAAAACGUCGUAGAUAGACAGUGCGACAAGUGUAAGGCUGGUUACUCGCAGUUCCCUCACUGCGAAAAGUGCGACUGCGAUACCAGAGGAACCACCGGUGAUAUUUGCGACCAGUAUACGGCCGAGUGCUUCUGCAAAGAGAAUGUUCAGGGUUCAGCCUGCGAUGUUUGCAAAGAAGGCACGUUCAACAUUCAGGAAAGUAACGAAGAGGGCUGCACCAAGUGUUUCUGUUUCGGAAAGACCACCAGAUGCGAAUCAGCGAAUCUCUACUGGACCGAAGUUUCCGAUAUGACCGGUUGGGAAUUAGUCGUGUUGAGCGAAAAAGGUGGAAACCUGACGUUCUUGUCCACGAUACCUCAAGAGUUUAACGAGACCAGCAUAGGCAUCGGACUCACCAGCAAUGACACUUUUGGGAAAAUUAUCUACUUUUCAGCGUCAGAGACGUAUUUGGGAAAAAAGUUCACUUCUUACGGAGGAGUUUUGAAUUACACGGUGUUUUAUAGCACUGGACCAUUUGGUAGCGCGGUCAGCGCAGCGGAUGUGAUUCUUCAAGGUGCCAAUACGACCCUGUUUUACUACGCCGAGGAACAACCACCGUCGUUCCUUAACUUCCAAGCGUCGAUGGAAUUGGUAGAGACAAACUUUUUGACUCAAAAUCGCCUCAGCGCUACCAGAGAGCAACUGAUGGUAGUUCUUGAAGAUCUUCGGGGGAUAUAUAUUCGAGCCACGUACUGGAAUCCCAGCAUUUCUGCCACCUUGUCCUACGUGACUCUAGAUGUGGCAACGGAAUUUUAUUCGUCUCAGUACAAUGUUCCUGCCAGCAGUGUGGAACAGUGCCAAUGUCCACCGAAUUAUCAAGGAUAUUCAUGCGAGGAGUGCGCACCCGGCUAUUACAGAGUACAAUCUGGACCUCAUGGAGGAUACUGUGUCCAUUGCGAAUGUAAUGGACAUGCGGACACUUGCGACGUUGAAACUGGGAUAUGUUUGGAUUGCAAAGAUGGUACAACGGGAGAUCAUUGCGAAUUCUGCCAAGAAGGUUAUUACGGAAAUGCUACUGGAGGAACCCCGACCGACUGCCUCAUCUGUCCUUGUCCUCUGCCAGUACCCUCUAACAACUUUGCGACGGGUUGUGAGAUGAACGAAGAAGGCAACAAGAUAAGCUGCGACUGUAUCCCAGGUUACUACGGAGCUCGCUGUGAGGUCUGCGCUUCCGGUUACUAUGGAAAUCCUGAGGUUUAUGGGGAUUUCUGUAGACCUUGCCAGUGUUCCGGAAACAUCGACACCAAUCAAGUCGGUUCUUGCGAUUCUGUAACGGGACAAUGUCUGCAGUGCUUGAACAAUUCUUAUGGCGAAGCGUGCAGCCUCUGCAAACCAGGGUACUUCGGUGAUGCGAUCGAGAGAAAAGAUUGUCGCAGUUGCUUGUGUGAAAAAUGCGGGAUGAAGGAAUGCGAUAGCCACUCGGGCCACUGUUUCUGUCACGAGAAUGUUGUCGGAGAAACAUGCGACCGUUGCGCCGAUGACCACUAUGGUUACGACUCAUGCGAGGGAUGCAAACCCUGCGAAUGUGGAAUAGCUUCCGAAAGCAGUCAGUGCGAUGGAGUGACGGGUCAAUGCAAGUGCAAACCAGGUGUCACAGGUCGUAGAUGCGAUCAGUGUAUCGCAGGAUAUUGGAACUACGGACCCGAAGGAUGCACCUCUUGCGGCUGUAACACAGGCUACUCUGUCGGCGUGUCUUGCAACACUACCACCGGUCAAUGCACGUGUUUGCCGGGUGUUGUCGGAGAGAAAUGCGACCACUGUCCAUACAGAAACGUUCUGAUCCCAGGUCAAGGUUGUUUCGCAUGCGAUUCUUGCACCGGAGAUCUAUUGGACGUUACCGACGAACUGUCCGAGUUGUUGGACCCCGUCUUUAUAGAAUACAACACGGUCGCCGAAAGCUACUUUACCAAUCAGCGAUUAAAAUUCAUUAACGACACGGUGAACGAGUUGGAUCCUCAGGUGAAGCUCUUGGAUCCUAGCAAAGUGAACUUCUUGCCGCUUCAAGAGGAGGUGAAAAGAUUACAGCUGGAGGUGGAGAACCAAAAACGGGAGAUUGAAUACACCGCCGAAGACACUGAAAAGUGGAAACUGGCUGCAGAAAACACUUUGAAUGACAUGAAUUUCUUAGAAGACGACGUGAUUGGCGAAAUAGAUCUGGUUAAAAACACCGUUUCCGAAGUACAGUCGUUAGCCUUGAACAUUGAAUUAGGUACAGGUGCAAGACUGGACAGCUCGCUGAAAGAGGCUACGGAUAUCUUAAAAAAGAUACAGGAAGUUUCUUUUGUUAGUUUUCGAGAUCGAGCUACGGAUCAGGCGGAUCAAGCCAAUAUACUGGUCUCGGAGAUGCUCGAUUACAAUGUCCCAGUCAACAAUCUUUCGGCUCUAGUGGACGAUUUAAGCAACAAAAUCAAAAACGUAACAGCCAAGAUGGACGAUCUUCUCGAGAUCACUUGGAAGGCGCAGGAGUUAGCUGGCAUGGUCGACAAGUUGAACCAGGAGAACAGAAUUGCGGCUGAGACAGGCAACUUCGACGUCGUUAAGAACGCCACGUCAGAAGCACAAGAUGACUUGGUGGCUGGGGAAGAGCUCAACAGGAAUGCUAGCCAGUAUCUCCAGGAGGCAAACUACAACGUGGAAAUGUUAAGAGCAAACGCCAUAAACGAUGUUAUGGGAAUGUUGAACGCGACCAUCGUAGAAAACGAUCAACAAUUGGUGGAUGUGAUUGUUCCGGUUCAGAAUGCUCAAGAGCAUGCCAAACAAUUGUACAGUCGUUCCUUGGACUUGGAUAGAUCGUUGACAGACACCAGAAACACAGAUGCUGUAAAGGCAGUUUCCGCUUACAAGAACAUCGAGACGGCGAUCCAGGCUGCUCGCGAAGCAGCCGACGGUGCUAAGGAUGCGGCUGAGAAUGCUAUUUCACUGUCGGACGGUAUCGGACAAAGAGUGUCAGACUCGCAAGAUGCGUCCUUCAGUUUGUUAGAAUCGGCCAGAAACAUGUUGAACAAAACGCGAAGCAAACCUGACUAUGAUUUGAGUAAUGCUCGCAUGGAAGCUUCUUACAUUUCCGAUCAGAACAAACGCAAUAGGGAGAUGUUGGAUAGUAUCGAUAAAGCUCUAUCUAACAUUCCGUCGCCUUCCUCCACAGUGGCCCAAGAUGCCAUGAAUCAAGUCUUGGGUGUAGAGAAAAACAUUAAACUGUCAGCGAACGACAUGUACAGCAUCGUAGAUAAUAUACCAGAAGACCUGAAAAACGCUAAACAGCUAUCGAAAAAUAUAUCCGAGUCGGUUCGCGAUAUAUCGCAGGCGAAGAAACAACUGGACAUGAUCGGUAAAUAUAUACCAGACAUCACGGUAUGGUUGAACAAUUUGAACACGGCUCAGAAGACGAUAGACACGAAUGGAUAUGAUCUACAAAGUAAAAUCGAGGCGUUGAAGACCAAGAUCGCGAACGCCAGAGAAUUAGCUGAUCGUUACAAGGUUGGCCUAACUUUCUAUAGGAAUACUACGCUAGAACUGAAGAAUCCUGAAAAUUUGCCUCUGCUGGCCACAUCCACAAAGGUGUCUCUUUAUUUUAGAACGAACAAAACCAACGGUUUCUUGCUGUAUCUUGGAAACGAGGAAAAUGGCAAGCAGCCAAGAUCGAGGACACACGACUUUAUGGCUCUCUUGAUCGAAAGCGGGUAUCCGGUGCUAAUAAUCGACUUAGGUUCUGGACCUGAGAAGAUUAUCAACAACAAGUUUGUAUCUGACAAUAUCUGGCGACAGAUCAUCGUCGAUCGAACCGGCAAGAAUGUCAAGUUGAUCGUUCGCGAGGAUAUAGGUGAAGGCAAAGACCGAGUGUACGAGAAAGGUUACGUGUUGUCUGGAUCGUAUUACAUAUUCAACGUAGACCCUGAGUACUCGAAGUUGUUCGUCGGUGGUUAUCCGUCAUCUUUCAACAUGCAAGACGCCGUAACGGCUUCCUCGUUUGAGGGUGAAAUGGAGGAGCUGGUGAUAGGAGAGGACACCCCUGUUUCUUUCUGGAACUUCAUAGACGGCGAGAACAAUCAAAAGGCGGCUAUUGAGAGAAACAAACUGAUCAACUUCGAGCCUAGCACUGGUUACAGAUUCGACAAACACGGCUUCGCUAUUGUGAGCAAAAGAAACUCUCGAAUACCAUCCGACAGCAGGAAGUUCAGUAUCAAAUUGAACUUUAAAACAUUCGCACCGGAUGGACUUAUCUACUUGAUGGGCAAAGGUAGGCAGUUCCUCUCCGUGGAGAUGAGAGACGGCCACGUGCUUUACCAAUAUGACCUUGGAGAGGGAGAAACCAGCCUGAGAUCCUCCAAAGCAUAUAACGACGGAAACUGGCACGACUUGGAGGCACUAAGAUUCGAGAGGAUGGGUGUACUGAAAGUAGAUGGCGUCGAUGUUGUGAAUAACGAAGCCGUAGGGAAUACCAAAACUCUAGUGUCCUCUGACAAUAUCUACUUCGGUGGAUACCCACCUAAUGCAAGACAUCCCUACCAACCUGUGACCCACGAAGGCUUCGAAGGUUGCAUCGACCAUGUUGCCAUUAUGGAGAACAGUGUCGAUUUAACUCGCAACGUUCAAGCGUUUGGAGUCGCGCCUGGCUGUCCAGUCAGGUACGCCAGUAUGGUGUUCUUCGAGGAGAAUACACCUGGUUACGUGAGAUGGCAUAACAUCUCUGUACCAAAUUCUCUUCAGGUGAACCUAAAAUUCAAAACUCUGGCAAAUGAUGGUUUAAUCUUCUACGUAACUGACCACGAAAAAGGUGUAGUCAGCUACUUGUCACUCAUAGACGGUGUCCUGGUGUUCAAUAGCCAGGGAUUAGAGUUGAAAACAGGUGCCUCUGGUAUGAAAUUCAACGACAACGAGUGGCACGUGAUAACGGCUACGCACUCGGCAGACUCGUUGAAGCUAGAUAUCGAUGAUACGAAAAAUUACACCACUACCGAGGCACCACCUCCCUUAUUGAUACCUUCUGGCAGUUUGUACAUCGGUGGCCUACCAGCUGUGUUUGGCAUUACCCCGUUGGGAGCAAUGACUCCUUUCGUCGGUUGCAUCGGAGAUGCAACGUUGAACGGUGUGAUCAUCAAUUUCGCGAACACGACAGAAAGACCUCAUGCUUUCUUAGGAAAGUGUAAGGGUGGAGAUCCAUCGUCUCUACCACCUGUAGUUGAGCCCGAACCGGAUGGCAUACCUCCUUUAUUACCUACGGAAAAUCCGGACGAUAACGUUGAAUUAUCCACUCAAAUUAACAUCAUUGAUAUCGAUUUGGAAAAAGGCACAGACGAUGAGGGACCUAUUAUAGAAGGACGCGGAAAAUCUGAGGAAAUAACAACCACCAUGAGACCCACCACCGCAGCACCGAUACACGUUGAUGAGUGUCGACUUCCUUAUUAUCCAACAAUAGAUCCAGACUCGAAAAAUGUUUGGCGAUUCGGUACUGCGAGAAACAGUUUAUUGGAGUAUAGGUCUCUAAAUGGAAGGUAUAAGAACGACUAUGAUUUCCAAAUCAACAUCAAAACGAUGGCCGAGGAUGGAAUAAUAUUCUAUACUUCAGAUCAUGAGAACCAGAAUUUGAUUGCCUUGUACAUUAGCGAAGGAAAGCUUCACUACAAAUUCGACUGCGGAAGUGGGCCAGCUUUGUUAAUCAGCGACAAGAAUGUAACUGACAACGAAUGGCACAUUGUGACAUUUAAAAGGCAAGGUAGAUACGGAGAGCUUAUAAUUGACGAGGAAGAAGCUGUUACAGGAUAUUCUCAAGGAAAUAUGGAAACUAUGAACGUUAUCCCACCGUUCUAUGUAGGAGGAGUAAUUUCAAACAUAUCCAACAAAGCGCAAAACAUGAUUGGUUUGAACAAAACUUUCAAUGGAUGUCUUGGAAACUUUAUGGUGAAUGGACAGCCAAUUGGCAAACCUAUGAAUGAAGUAGGUGUCAUUCCAUGUUCGAAACGAGUCGAACCAGGAUUGUUCUUCUUCCCUGGCAAUGGUAGCAAUCUAUUUAAAGCAGUGGACAGAUUUACAGUUGGUAGAACGGUAGAUAUUCAAAUGGACAUUAAACCGCGUUCGACAUCCGGUCAUUUGUUAUCUGUUCAUGGAAAACGAGAUUACGUAGUUUUGGAAAUGAUAAAUGGAACGGUGAAGUUCCUUGUGAAAACAGCUAAAGGUUCGAUAGAGACUUCUUUCGAACCAACAAAACCGAAUUCUUUAUGCGAUGGCAAUUGGCAUAACAUUCGAGCCGUGAAGCAGAAGAAUGCCGUACUCUUAUCGGUGGACCACAAAGCAGCUCCAGCAGGAAUCGGUGGUAAAAAUUAUGCAGGAGUUCUGUCUAAGCAUCCGAUCUUUAUUGGGGGUCAUCCAAUGAUUGGAAGAAAAUUACGAGGAAGCACAUCGCAAGCACAGUACGUUGGAUGUAUCACCAAUAUUCAUAUCAACAUGAGACCCAUCACUUUGGGUCCUGAACGUGCUUACGGAGAAGUUAUCGCUGGUGUUUGUCCAACGAUAUAAGAAUCUCUAAGAACGUGACUUAAAAGUGCACUUAAAAUAAAUAAACAUCACUGUUUUUUUUCUGAUCGUCUUUAAAUCAUGAUCUAGAUGAGUACAUUUUGCUAAAGAAAUUUCAAUUCAUAGAUACUCAUGGAGUUUUCAACGUUCCCUGAGACUUAACACUUUUUCUUUCCUUUCUUUAUUUAAUAAAAGUAACAAAUUAAUUGACAAUUAAAAUUGUCAAGUGUCGUGUGCCAUAUCUCAGGGCCUAUAAAAUGUCUUACCAAGUAUUAAGAUUUCAAAAAAAGAAAAAAAUAUUUAACAUUCCUAGCGUGCCUUAAUACAAAUUUUUAAAAAUACAGUGUAAGAAUAGACAAAUGUUCAAAAACUGUACAUCUUGUUUUGAAAACAUAAUAAGACUGAACAUCGUUACGUUUCUUUCACUUAUCAUGGUGAGAAAAAUAGUAUCUCCACUACAUUCAUCAGUGAUUAUUUAAAUUCUUGAGUAAGCUAUAUGUUAAUACAUUUCGUAUUAGGUAAAUUGCAAAAUGUUGAUAUAAAAUUGAAAUAAAUAUUAUUAAGAAUUUUUUGAGAAGGUAUUGUAAUACACAACCAAAGAACAUAAUAUGCUAUAAUAAAUGUUAUAAGUUAUGUAAUAUUGCUGGAAGACUUUUUUUGUAAACAAACAU